CCCCUCCCCGUUUACAAGUCAUGAUGGCGGAACUGUAGAGCUCGGGACGCGCAGGAGUGCACCGCCCGUCCUCUGUUUAGCAAUUGUAAAUAGUUAUUUAUUUAUUCAGCCUACUUUACAUCUUCCCCCGAAAUGACCCGCUGGAUUCCCACUAAAAAAGAGAAGUACGGAGUCGCAAUCUACAAUUAUGAAUCCAGUGGAGAGCAGGAGCUGUGCCUACAGGUGGGGGACACGGUGCACAUACUUGAGAAAUUGGAAGGCUGGUAUAGGGGCUACACGCUACGCAAGAAAUCCCAGAAGGGCAUUUUCCCAGCUUCCUACAUCCACUUAAAGGAGGCUACGGUUGAGGGACUAGGCCAGCAGGAAAUAAUUAUUCCAGCAGAUUUACCCCUGGUGCAGGAGCUCGGGGCUACUCUGAGGGAAUGGGCACAGAUAUGGCACAAGCUCUACGUGGCGAACAAGACAGCUUUGUUCAGGGGUGUUCAGCAGAUGGCGUACAGCCUCAUCGAAUAUCGAUCUCAGAUAGUGUCGGGAACGCUGCCUAAGGAUGACCUUGUGGAGCUCAGAAAGAAAGUCACAGCAAAGAUUGAUUACGGGAACCGGAUUCUGGGGUUGGACCUGGUGGUGCGAGAUGAAGCAGGGAACACACUGGAUCCUGACGAGACCAGCACAGUCAGUCUAUUCCGGGCACACGAGACAGCUUCCCGCAGUGUUGACGACAGGAUACAAGAGGAAAAGCAGACGCGGCUACAAAACCUGGAAAUGAGGCGCCAGACCCUGUUCAGCACAGUGCACACCUACAGUCUACUCAUGAACCUGAAGAACUUUGUAUGCAACAUCGGAGAAGACGCUGAGCUGCUCAUGUCUUUGUACGACCCAGACCAGUCUGAAUUCAUCAGUGAGAACUUCCUGGUGCGCUGGGACAGUAUGGGGAUGCCUAAAGAAAUUGAAAAACUCAACAACCUGCCAGCACUAUUCACGGACCUGAGCAGCAGUGACUUGAUGAGGCAGCGCCUCUUCCUGGUGUGUCAGAUCAUCCGAGUGGGAAGCAUGGAGCUUAAAGAGGGCAAGAAACACACUGGAGGACUGCGGAGACCAUUUGGUGUGGCUGUGAUGGACAUUACAGAUAUCGCCCAUGGCAAAACAGACGAUGAGGACAAACAGCAUUUCAUCCCCUUUCAGCAGAUAGCUAUGGAAACCUACAUCCGUCAGAGGCAGCUCAUCAUGUCUCCGCUAAUCCCGUCUAGAGUCAUAGGAGAGAAUGAGCCGCUCACCGCUGUCUUCAACAAAGUCAUCGCCACGCGGGAGGUCAAUCACAAAGGCCAGGGGCUUUUUGUGACCCUGAAGCUCCUCCCGGGGGACCUCGGCCAAGUCAGGAAGGACUACCCCCACUUUGUCGACCGCAGCACCGCUAUCGUCAGGAAAAUGGGCUUUCCAGAAAUCAUCCUCCCAGGAAACGUGAGGAAUGAUAUUUACGUAACCUUGCUGCAGGGAGAGUUUGACCGUGGUAAAAAGAAGACCCCGAAAAAUGUGGAGGUCAUACUGAGUGUGCACGAUGACGAAGGCAAUUUCAUGGAGAAAGCGAUAUUCCCUGGGGCCGGUUAUGAUGGCAUCAGAGAGUACAAAUCUGUCAUUUUCUACCAGGUGAAGCAGCCUUGUUGGAAUGAAACGGUGAAGGUGACAAUUCCCAUUGAAGAUGUCUGCCGUUGUCACCUGAGGGUGAUGUUUCGACACCGAUCCUCCCAGGACUCGAGGGACAAAUCAGAGAAGCCCUUUGGUAUGGCCUUCGUCCGGCUCAUGAGAGGAGAUGGGACCACGCUGAAAGACGGCAGGCAUGAACUUAUCGUCUAUAAGGUUGAUGUAAAAAAGGCGGAGGAUGCAAAGGUUUAUCUCACCUUGCCAGCAACUUGGGCUGAAGUGGAGGAAAAGGAGAAGCAAACAGGGAAGCAGUUCCACCAUUCAGGAGUGAUUCCCGUGACUAAGGACAGUUUCCAGCUCGCCACGCUCACCUGCUCCACGAAACUCACUCAGAACGUGGAUUUACUCGGCCUGCUGAACUGGAGGUCAAACCCUGAGGAUCUGGAUCAGAUUCUGCAGAGGCUGAUGGAGGUUGAGGGCGGGGAGAUUGUCAAAUUUCUCCAGGACACUCUCGAUGCUUUGUUCAACAUCAUGAUGGAGACCUCAGAAAAGGACACCUAUGACACCCUGGUGUUCAACGCCUUGGUAUUUAUAAUCACACUUAUUGGCGACAUCAAAUUCCAGCACUUCAACCCUGUCCUGGAAACCUACAUCAACAAGCACUUCAGUGCCACUUUGGCUUACAUGAAGCUAACCCGGGUGCUUAACUACUAUGUGGGCCACGCCGAGGAGCCCGCCCUGACUGAGAGGCUCUAUGCAGCCCUCAAAGCCCUCAAGUACCUGUUCAGGUUUAUUGUUCAGUCCCGGGUCCUCUAUCUCAGAUUCUACGGGAACAGUGAGGAUGGUGAUGCUUUCUUCAACUCCAUUCGCACCCUUUUUCUAUCUUUCAACACUCUCAUGGACAGACCACUGGACGAAGGAGUGAAGAUAAAGGGCGCAAUAUUGAAAUACCUCCCCAGCAUCAUUAAUGACAUCCAGACUGUGUUUGAUCCCGUGGAGCUCAGCGUUCUUCUCACGAAGUUCAUUGAGAGCAUUCCCGACUCUCAGCUCGUGCGUCAGAAGCUGGGCUGCAUGUGUAAAAUGGUGGAGAGUGACCUUUUCAGGCAGCCAGAUUGUCGAGAUGUGCUGCUGCCACUUGUUACUGACCAGCUGAGUGGGCAGCUGGACGACCACUCUAGUAAACCAGACCAUGAGGCCUGCGCCCAACUGCUCAGCACAGUGUUGGAUAACCUGGACCGCAAGGAUGUGGGUCCAACCAGAGGCCACGUUCAGCUGAUAAUGGAGAGGCUUCUUCGCAGGGUUAAUCGCACUGUCAUCAGCAUGGAGAGAUCCUCCCCUCUCAUUGGCCACUAUCUCGCCUGCAUGACGGCCAUCCUGAAGCAAAUGGAUGACAUGCAUUACGCCCACUACAUCAGCACCUUCAAGACGAGACAGGAUAUCGUUGAUUUCCUCAUGGAGACAUUCAUCAUGUUUAAAGACCUCAUGGGUGAUGUUUUCCCCGCUGACUGGAUGGUCAUGAACCUGGUGCAGAUGCAAGUCUUUCUGAGGGCCAUCAACCAGUACUCAAACGUCCUCAACAUGUACUUCCUGGACCAGGCACAUUUUGAAAUCCAGCUGUGGAAUAACUACUUUCAUUUGACCGUGGCGUUCCUCACCCACAAGACACUGCAGCUGGAGUCCUUCUCUCAAGAGAAAAGAAAUAAGAUACUGAACAAAUAUGGAGACAUGAGGAAGACUAUUGGGUUUAAGAUCAGAGAUAUGUGGUACAAUCUUGGCCCCCACAAAAUGAAGUUCAUCCCAGCCAUGGUUGGGCCCAUUCUGGAUGUCACACUGGUUCCUGAGCCUGAACUGAGGAAAGCUACCAUCCCCAUCUUCUUUGAUAUGAUGCAGUGUGAGCACAACUUUAACCCCGGACGCACGUUUGAAACGUUUGAGAAUGAACUGAUAACAAAAUUGGAUCAAGCAGUAGAAGGAGGCCGAGGGGAUGAGCAGUACAAAGUCCUGCUGGAGAAAACGUUGCUGGAGCACUGCAGACGCCACAGAUACCUGUCACAGUCAGGAGAGGAGCUGGCUCUGCUGCUGAGCAGCCUGCUGGAGAAUCUCCUGGCGUACCGCACCAUCACACAUGAUGAAAGUCCUGAGCACCGCAUGAGCUGCACCGUCAAUGUGCUGAAUUUCUACAAAGAAAAAAAGAGGGAGGACAUUUACAUCCGGUACCUAUACAAGCUGCGAGAUCUGCACCUGGACUGUGAGAACUACACAGAGGCAUCAUACACUCUGCUACUACAUGCUGAAUUACUGGAGUGGUCUGACAAACCCUGCGCAGCUCAUCUGAUAACUGGAGAUGGGAAGCAUGUAUGGACCCAACAGGAGCUGAAAGAGAGGCUCUUUCAGGAGAUAAUAUGUUAUUUGGACAAGGGGAAGAUGUGGGAGAAGGCCAUUGAGCUGGGCAAGCAGCUGGCCAAGAUGCAUGAGAGCCACAUGUUUGACUUCAUGGAGCUGAGCCAGCUGCUGAAAAAACAAGCCCAAUUCUAUGAAAACAUAAUGCAUGCAAUGCGGCCACAGCCGGAGUACUUUGCUGUGGGAUAUUAUGGCCUUGGAUUCCCGUCUUUCCUCAGGAACAAGAUGUUCAUCUACCGAGGCAAGGAGUACGAGUGGCUCGAGGACUUCAGCUUAAAGCUGCUGUCUCAGUUCCCCAACGCAGUAAGGAUGACCAGCACAGCGCCCCCUGAAGACAACAUCAGCAACUCCUCUGGACAGUACAUCCAGUGCUUUACUGUCAAGCCUGUUCUCACCGUGCCGCACCAGUUUAAAGACAAGGGGGUUCCAGAGCAGAUAUUAAACUAUUACAGAACCAAUGAAGUGGACCAGUUCCAGUAUUCCAGGCCCUUCAGGAAAGGUGAAAAGGACCCAGACAAUGAAUUUGCAACCAUGUGGAUCGAGAGAACAACGUACAUUACAGCCUAUCGCUUCCCUGGGAUUCUCAAAUGGUUUGAAGUCAAAUCUGUCUCAGUGGAGGAGAUCAGUCCUUUGGAGAACGCCGUUGAGACCAUGGAGAUGGCCAAUGAAAAGCUGAGUAACCUCGUGCAGCAGCAAGCCUGCGAUCGCUCACUGUCCAUCAACCCACUGUCCAUGAUGCUCAGCGGCAUUGUCGACCCUGCUGUCAUGGGCGGCUUCUCCAACUAUGAGAAGGCAUUCUUUACAGACACCUACAUCCAAGAGCACCCAGAGGACCACGAGCGCAUUGAGGUCCUGAAACAUCUCAUCGCCCUCCAGAUCCCUGUUUUGGCAGAUGGGAUUCGCAUCCACGGGGAGAAGACGACGGAGCAGCUGAAGCCCUUACACAAUCGUCUGGUUACUUGCUUCCAAGACCUUCGGGAGAAAGUAGAGAAGCAUUAUGGCGUCAUAACCUUGCCCUGCUCUCUCACUGAGAGGAAGAAGAGCCGCGUGGGCUCGGUAGUGAUGCCCUACAUCCUGUCCUCCACCCUGCGUCGCAUGUCUACUGUCUCAACCCUCUCCAACGCCUCCUCGGGCCUCUCCAGCGGCUCCGCAUCCUCAGAUGGACCUUCCUGCAUUUCCUCCCAAGACAGUUCCUUGUUGUCCCGCCCCAGCGAUCGCAGGACCUCGAUUUUGUCCCGCUCGGAGGAAGACAACAGGAUUGCCAGAAAGAACAGAAAGGAAUGGAGUGUGAGCAAAUCCCAGGUCCUACUGGAGAGGCCGUCCGAUGCAGACGAAACUCCUCCAGAGAAGCAGCAGAGACCCAAGAGUUUACAAUUAGGAGACCGACGGCUCACCCUCUCCCUGUUCCAGGGUGUUUCAUCCCAGCUCAGCCUGUCUAACCCUCUCAGCCCGCUACCUGCCUCUCCACACACUCCCCGCACACCACGCAGCUCCAGUUUUUCAUCGCUUCUCAGUGACAAUGAUGUCAAUACCAUUGACACCCCAGGGACACCCCCACCCAUGCCUCCGAAGAAACACCCGCACGAGAUUGACAACCCCGGGUUCUCUUCAGAGUUCACUCCUCCACUACCAAUGAAAAUUGAGAGCAAACCUCCCCCGCCGCCUCCGAAGACACGGAAGUCGAUGUUCCCCACAUACGAGCACACCCCCCACUAAGGCUACACCUGCACACGGGCUUUAAAGUUACACUAAUUCUUUGAUUUGGCUGUGAUGAAAGCACAGUUUCAUCCGUGGCAUUGUAAAAACGCCACAGUAUGGUACAGAUGCAGGACCAUCUACGUGGUGUGUGUGCAAGAUUUCAGCACAAGAAAAUUCUUUCUGAUGCAAGUCACUAAUGCCGAGCGGUCCUUUGUUCUCAAGUUUUAGCUGAUGUUUUGUUUUGAAGCCGCAAGGAAGAAUAUAUAUGGGGUUAUUGUCCUAAGAGGGUACUACUGCGCAGAAAUGGAUAUAUGAUUUUUGGUACAUGAGGUCACUGCAGCCUUGGAUACAGUGGGCUUUUUAAGAGGUAAUGAAACAGUGAUUAGAUGCUUUUUUUCUUAAAGAAAAAUUAGUAUGUUGUACAGACUUUAUGACUCGCAGGGAAAUGGAAUGACCAAUGCUGCAAUGUAAUAUUUAGCUUUUAUGUGCUGGAGUGACACUGGAUGAUUUUUUUCCCCUCUGAGCUGUUUGCCAGCAUUCCAUAUUUGAGCAGGACAAAGCUGUAUUCGAACUUGAUCAAGAGCAGGGAAUACAAUGUACAGAAUGUAAGUGUUAGUUUGACAUGUAGUCGUUUUGUGUCUGAUGAUGAUGUUCAGUAAUAUGAUCAAACCCAUUUCCCCAAACCACAAAGUUUUAGACACUGGAUGGCAUUAAUGAAUGUGCUGCAGAUUAUUUGUUUUGUUGUUUAUGAUGAACUGAAUACUGUAACUGAUGCUCUCAAACUGCAUAACGCCAAUGUUAGUGUUGAGUGGAAGUAUGUUUUUUGACAGUGAUAGUUUGACAUUUUGGGAAAUUCGCUCUCUUGCUGAGAGAGAAGAUUGAUACCACUCUCACAUCUGUAUGAUGAAUAUGUAUCUCAGUUAGUUUAGUUUAGCUUAGCAUAAAGACUGGAAACAAGGGAAAACGGCUAGCCUGGCUCUGUGUGACGGGAACAAAUUCGCCUACCAACACCUCUAAAGCUCACUAAUAAACCAUAAUUGUUUAACUACAAGUUGUGGUUUUGCAAGUGGUUAUGUGCAGUUGCCAAGUAACCAGAGAAGAGUCCUGUGGUGAUUACUCACCUUAUAUUAGACAGAAUUGUCAAGUUAUUACACUAAGGCCCCCAGGAAGUGCGCCGGAUUUUGAAGCCAACCUUCUUAGUGGCCAAACAGUGGAAUUACAACUAACUGGUCCAUCACAUGAUGCGACCUAAAAAUACUUUUUCCAAUAGACCUACAUGGCAAAAGAAACAGCUGUAAAUCAGUGGAUAAUCAGAAUUUAAUACGUUCAGUUGGAUAACAUUUGGAAAGUCUCGAAGAGCUGCAUGAUUGAUUAUUUUAUCCCCAUUCAAGUUAACUGAGCACUAAACUGGAAGUAGCUGGUACAGCUGGCUGAAAUUUCUAGUGCAGCUGCUCUAUGAGCACAGUGCCAAAGCAGUACCCUAUCAUCUGGGUAAUUUUAUACGCAGCAGUUGAUCCAUUUUUGCUUCAUGGGCCACUGACCAGCUUCAGUAGCAAAGAGUGGUACCCCACUGCCAACGCUGUAUCCAGGUCUCUUAAUAUAUCCACUGUUUCCAUCUUCAGUCUGACAUUGCGUCUGCUCUCACUGCUUUCUGUCGGGGAGGGGGAUUCGAUUUCCACUAACCAAUCACUAGACUGAAUCUAACAUCUUUUUAAGUCCACUCUGGGUUUGCACCAUUACCAUGCCAGCGCACACAUGUGGUUUUAAUUAUUCCUCACUGGUUCCAACACAACAGCUUGACCGUGCUUGAUAACAGCUUGACAGUGGUGUUAGACCCGCCCAUGGUGCUGCUUGGUUAAUCGUCCGUCCCCCCGUGGCGCUGAUUUGUUGUUUUUUGUUUUAACCAAGAAACCAUUGUUUCAUGUCACAAUGCCGGACCAGAAUCUGUCAACUUGAACUCAGUGGAGUGGGCAGAUUCAAAGGUCUGGACCCAGGCAAGGAAAUUGCUGUUCCCAGACAAUUAAUAUUUCAGCAUAUAAACACUUGAAUUACUGUUAACAGCUGAGAUGUAACGUGAAUUAGUGAGUUUUAGAGGUGUGUAUGUGGAUUUUUUACCUUCACAUAGAGCCACAUAGCUGUUUGCUCAUUUCCAUUUGUUAUGCUAAUCUAGCGGCCGGCUCCUGCUACACAUUUACAGCACAGACUUGAGACUUUUGUUCAUCCUCUCGUCUGACUCUCUCCAAGAAAGUAAAUAAGCAUACUUGACAUAAUUCGAACUGGUCCUUUAAAGAACUCUAAACGCUGUAUGGUACAAACAGAAACGCCUUGGAAGUUCACUUGAGUUUUAUAUUUCAGGUCUCAGCAGAUAUUUUUAUAUCAUUUCAUUAUUGAAAUUUAAAUUAUUGCUAUUCAUUGAGUUUUAAUAUUGCCAUUGUUGUGCACACCCAGUGUGUACACAGGUGGUUUACUUUUAUGCAGCAUAAAUUGAGUCUUAUUUCAACAUACCGCUUUACUGUGUGCUGUUUAAAUCUUUAAAAGCAGCAAUAUAAUGUGCCUUCAGAGUGCUAAAUCUAUGCAUGUAAGCUGUUUUGAAAAUGAUAAAAUUGAAUCAAUAAUGAAAUUGUCAGUAUUUUAGAUUUUUAAUUGUUGUACAAGGGAUUCACUUUUUUUGUACAGUACGCAUUUCCUAACAAGCAUCAAAGAAAUUUUAUACAAACAAUGCCUCAAGAGAUAUAUAAUGAUCUUUUUUAUGAACAAGUUGUUGACUGAACAAAAAUAAAGACCUAUUGAAAG